CUGUUGCUUGUUCCUCGAUGCAAUUUCCUCUGCGAUCUCAUAUGAUAUGAUGUGAUAUGAGAUGAUGAAAUCAUAGUUUUGAUCUUAGUGGUUUGUUCCUGUUCCAGAAGCGGCUUUCCCUUUCCCACUACACUUAUAUAAGUGAUUGAUCCACCAGAGCUCCCUCUCAAGUCUCACCAUCAUUCAAUUUCACUGUCGUGGAAGAUAGAGGAGAAUGGGAGCUUCUGGGUCGACUCCGAGAGGUUGUGAGGGAUUUGGUUGCCUGAAUCUUGGCAAGCCACGGCGGCGGCGGCGGCGGAGGGUGGUAAGGGGCCGCUCUUUGUCCAACAAUAAGCUCAGCAAAGUGGAGCCUUCCGGUUCCGCGAAUUCGUCUUAUUGCAAUCCGACAUUCCAAGGAAACAACGAAUCGUGGUUUGACCCGGAAACAGGAGUUGGUUCUGAUGGUGAUGAUGAAUUCUAUAGUGUUCAGGAUGUUCUUUCACAGAGUGGAGGUGGAUCUAUGUCAACAGCUGUUUCUCCGAGAUUUGCUGAUCUUGCAUAUUAUAAUGGAGAUUCUUUUGCUGACACAAAACCAUGUGAAAUAUCAGUUGGAUCUUCAAAUGAUUCUCAUCUGAUUUCAUGUGACCCUCCGAAGGAGGAUAAGGAUUUGGACCAUGUAAAUAAAGACUCUAACGAACAGAUUGGUCAAAGUGACAAUCCUGGCAGAAGAGUUGAAACAGAAACACUUCAUAGUUGUGGAAUUCUGCAGAAUAGAUGUAUGUCUUGUCUUGCUUGCACUGCUUCCCCAGGUGAAAAGAGAAAAACUCUAGUCCCAACUUCACCUGGCACUAAAAGAAAAUCUUCUUUCACCCACAAGUUUUCUUUCAAGUGGCGAGAAUCCCUGGAAAGUCAUUCGUUAUUGCCUCCAAAUGCUGUUUUACGAAGACCAAUAGCCGGUUCUCAAGUUCCAUGUUCCCCGCUGGAAAAGAACAUUUCUGAAUGUUGGUCAUCAAUUGAACCAAACACCUUCAAAGUCCGAGGUCCGAGUUACAUUAGGGAUAAGAAGAAAGAAUCUGCACCAAAUUCUGCUGCAUUUUAUCCGUUUGGUGUUGAUGUGUUCUUAUCACCACGGAAGAUCAAUCACAUUGCACGUUUUGUGGAACUUCCAGCCAUUGAUUCACCAGGAGAGAUCCCUCCCAUACUUAUUGUAAAUCUUCAGAUCCCUUUGUACUCUGCUGCAAUCUUUCAAAAUGAAUAUGAUGGGGAAGGAGUGAGUUUCGUUUUCUAUUUCAAACUUUCAGAAAAUUACUCAAAAGAACUUCCAGCCCAUUUUCAAGAAAAUAUCAGGAAGCUGAUCCAUGACGAAAAAGAAAAGAUUAAAGGAUUUCCCAUUGAUACAAGCGCACCCUUCAGAGAAAGAUUGAAAAUCCUAGGUCGAGUGGUUAAUAUAGAGGGCCUUCAAUUAAGCGCAACAGAAAAGAAGCUCAUGAAUGCCUAUAAUGAAAAACCUGUUCUCUCGCGUCCUCAACAUGAAUUUUACCUGGACAAAAACUACUUUGAGAUUGAUUUGGACAUUCACAGAUUCAGUUACCUUGCCAGGAAAGGCUUUGAAACAUUCCAUGACAGAGUGAAGAACUUUGUCUUGGAUUUUGGUCUGACGAUUCAGGGAAACAAGGCAGAGGAUUUGCCCGAGCACCUGUUAUGUUGCUUAAGAUUGAAAGAAAUCGACUAUAGUAAAUAUUGCCAACUGGAGUUAUGAAUGAACAGCACAGGUAUAAACCUAAAGGAUGACAGACAAUCUACAUGGAAACAACAGCGCACCUAAUUAUUCAUUUGUUCUUUUCUUCUAUUCUCUUUUCCAAACUUCCUUUUGUGUACAAGAAUUAGCGCAUAUUUGGUAAUGCAAUUGUGCUGGAAUUCACGAAACUGUUUAUGAAAUUAAUAAAAAAAAAAUUCAUUUCUUUUUUUGGGGACAACAAAGGGGUUGGUUUAGGAGGUAUGAACCUUUCCACAACGCCCAAAAAAAGUGAUGAAACCACAGGUGAUGGGCUUGGUGUGUGAUCUUGAACCCGGCAGAGGUGCGACCGGCGGAUUCACAUUUGUCUCCGCCGCUGCCGCUGCUACGCCGCCCACUCUUGCAUUUGCAUGGAUGUCUUUGCAAUUGUAUCGUUCUUGUUGAGCCCUUUCCCGGGGAUGGGGAAGGGGAAGCUGCGAUCCCCCACUUGCGUUCAUCUCCGGUCCAUAAACGCCACCGUUGUCCCAAAUGCGGCCGGAGGAUCCCUGUCGCCGGAAUGAGUACGAUGAUCUUUGCAAUGUUGUCAUCAUGUCAUGGAUGGGAUGGAUUAUAGGAUAGAUAGAUGCAAUUAUCUUAUCUAAUCUAUUCUAAUCUAUCAUGUAACUAACAUAAUACUUUCCUUUGGCUAUUUCUAUUGGAGGCAUUUUGUGCUAUC